AUGCCCUCCGCCGUCGCCACCACCUCAAAAGCCAAGCGCAUAGGCGCGCUCCUCUUCUGUCCCGCAUGCGGCACGCUUCUCGACUUGCCACGCGACGACCAGGACGAGAUUGACUGCCACCAGUGUGGUCGCAAGGAGCCUGCCAGCUCGUACGAGAACCUCCCGACUAAAACGUACUCGUCGCCCAACGCGUUCCCCUCGGCGCUCAAGGCCAAGCGUGCGCUGGUGCAGAACACGAUGAAGGCCGAUGAGGCGGCCAAGGGCCGUGACCCUAUUGCGCAGGAGAAGUGUGACAAGUGUGGUCACAUCGGUCUCUCGUACAAGGAGAUGCAACUGCGCUCGGCAGACGAAGGCUCGACCAUCUUCUACAAGGUGGCCGGCCCAAGCAGCAAGAUCUGA